UUAGGUUUUCAUACACUGCGUACAGUACGGUUUGAAAUGUGACUCAAAAUAAGCACUGGUGGAAUACUAUUCUGUGGCAGCUGAAGGACUUGUGUUUACACCUUUUUGAAAGGGAGAGGAAAGGCAGACCACCUUUGCCAUGCCAGUGGAUUUGUUUGCGAUUUUAUGCGUGAUUGCUACGGUUUACGCAGUGGAAGAGACAGUGAUGGACACGCGGACGGCCACAGCAGAGCUGGGUUGGAUAGCGUAUCCUGCAUCUGGGUGGGAGGAGGUGAGUGGUUACGAUGAGAACCUCAACACCAUCAGGACCUACCAGGUGUGUAACGUGUUCGAGCCCAGCCAGAACAACUGGCUCCUUACCACCUACAUCGACAGACGAGGGGCUCAGCGUGUCUAUGUGGAAAUGCGUUUCACUGUCCGUGAUUGCAGCUCCAUCCCCAGUGUCCCUGGCUCCUGUAAGGAGACCUUCAACCUCUACUACUACGAGACGGACUCGGUCAUCGCCACCACCAAGGGAACCGCCUUCUGGAUGGAAGCCCCCUACCUGAAGGUGGACACCAUUGCGGCUGACGAGAGCUUCUCCCAGGUGGACUUUGGUGGACGAUUGAUGAAGGUCAACACGGAGGUGCGGAGCUUCGGCCCACUGUCUCAUAAUGGUUUCUACCUGGCCUUCCAGGACUACGGGGCCUGCAUGUCCCUGCUGUCCGUACGUGUCUUCCAUAAGAAGUGCCCCAGCGUGGUGCAGAACUUUGCCAAAUUCCCCGAGACCAUGACAGGAGCCGAGAGCACCUCCUUGGUCAUUGCCAGAGGCACGUGCAUCGCUAACUCAGAGGAGGUGGAUUUUCCCAUCAAGCUGUACUGCAAUGGAGAUGGGGAGUGGAUGGUUCCCAUCGGGAGCUGCACCUGCAAGGCUGGCUUUGAGCCAGACAACGGCAACGUCUGUAGAGCGUGUCCCCAAGGGACGUUCAAGUCCACCCAGGGGCCAGGGCUGUGUCUGCAGUGCCCCCCCAACAGCCGCUCCACUGUGGAGGCUGCCACCAUCUGCGGCUGCCGUAACGGAUACUACAGAGGAGACAUGGACCUGCCCGAGGCCUCCUGCACCAGUGUCCCCUCUGGUCCCAGAAACGUCAUCUCUAUCGUCAACGAGACCUCGGUGAUCCUGGAGUGGCAUCCUCCAAGGGAGACUGGCGCCCGUGAUGACGUCACCUACAACAUCGUGUGCAGGAAGUGUCGCGCAGACCGGCCAUCAUGCUCCCAUUGUGAUGACAACGUGGAGUAUGUACCCAGGCAGCAGGGCUUGACCGAGACCAGGGUGUUCAUCAGUAACCUGUGGGCCCACACCCCCUACACCUUCGAGAUACACGCUUUCAAUGGAGUCACCAACAAGAGUCCCUACCCUGCUCAGCACGUGUCCAUCAACAUCACCACUAACCAGGCUGCUCCCUCCAUGGUUCCCAUCAUGCACCAGGUUAGCUCCACCAUGAAGAGCUUCACGUUGUCAUGGCCACAGCCAGAGCAGCCCAAUGGAAUCAUCCUGGACUAUGAACUGAGGUACUACGAGAAGGACCACACUGAGUUGAAUUCGACCAUGGUGCGCAGCCAGACCAACACUGCCCGUGUGGAGGGCCUGAGGCCAGGCAUCAUGUACAUGGUACAGGUCCGUGCCAGGACGGUGGCAGGCUUCGGCAAAUACAGCAGCAAGCAGUUCUUUCAAACCCUGACAGAUGAUGAGUAUAAAUCAGAGCUAAGGGAGCAGCUGCCUCUGAUUGCAGGCUCAGCGGCUGCAGGAGUGGUCUUCCUGGUGUCCUUGGUGGCCAUCUCCAUCGUAUGCAGCAGGAAGAGAGCGUACAUGAAGGAGACUAUAUACAGCGACAAACUGCAGCACUGCAGUACAGGCAGAGAACACUCUCUGAGACCGGACAUGUCCAGCUGUCCCUCCCCCAUGGCAUGCCCCACCCAUUUCUCUGGCUCGCCAGCGAUGAAGAUCUACAUCGAUCCCUUCACCUACGAGGACCCCAACGAAGCCGUCCGAGAAUUUGCCAAAGAGAUAGACGUAUCCUGUGUGAAGAUUGAGGAGGUCAUUGGUGCAGGCGAGUUUGGAGAGGUGUAUAAGGGUCGCCUGAAACCGUCUGGGAAGAGGGAGCUGUACGUGGCCAUUAAGACCCUGAAGGCGGGCUACGUGGAGAAGCAGAGAAGAGACUUCUUGUCUGAGGCCAGCAUCAUGGGCCAGUUUGACCACCCCAACAUCAUCAGACUGGAGGGCGUGGUCACCAAGAGUCGGCCAGUCAUGAUUAUCACAGAGUUUAUGGAGAAUGGGGCCCUGGACUCCUUCCUGAGGCAAAAUGACGGGCAGUUCACGGUGAUCCAGCUGGUGGGGAUGAUGCGUGGCAUCGCGGCGGGCAUGAAGUACCUGGCAGAGAUGAACUACGUCCACAGAGACCUGGCCGCCCGCAACAUCCUGGUCAACAGCAACCUGGUGUGUAAGGUGUCUGACUUUGGCCUGUCCCGUUACCUACAGGACGACACAUCAGACCCCAUCUAUACCAGCUCCCUGGGAGGGAAGAUCCCGGUGAGGUGGACAGCCCCUGAGGCUAUUGCCUACAGGAAGUUCACCUCAGCCAGUGACGUGUGGAGCUAUGGCAUCGUCAUGUGGGAGGUGAUGUCAUUUGGUGAGCGGCCAUACUGGGACAUGAGCAACCAGGACGUGAUCAAUGCCAUAGAGCAAGACUACCGUCUGCCCCCUCCCAUGGACUGCCCCACAGCACUACACCAGCUGAUGCUGGACUGCUGGCAGAAAGACAGAAACGCCCGGCCCAAAUUCACUGACAUCGUCAACACACUGGACAAGAUGAUCCGCAACCCUAUCAGCCUCAAAGCUGUGGCCACCAUCACUGCAGUGCCUUCUCAGCCCCUGCUAGACCGCUCCAUUCCAGACUUCACCACCUUCACCUCUGUGGAGGACUGGCUAGGUGCCAUCAAGAUGGGGCAGUACAGAGACACUUUCCUGGGCUCUGGCUUCACCUCCCUACCCCUGGUGGCUCAGAUCAGCUCAGAAGACCUGUUGAGGAUAGGAGUGACCCUGGCCGGCCAUCAGAAGAAGAUCCUGAGCAGUGUCCAGUCUAUGAGGGACCAGAUGGCCCAGUCCCCCACCUCCAUGGCCUGACCACAGGGUGCGCUACCACCACCCAGAGACAACCCACCAGGGAGCCCAUAUGAAAACUCCUGAUGACCCUAAAGAAUACACUAGGGUGGAGACACUAACCUGAUUCAGAGAACGACCAUGUGGCACAUACAUAACAGCAUGCCCACUCCCAACACACACUCUCCACACCUAGGUAAAGAGAGUUAACCGAAGAUACAAAGGGGUAGAAGAUAAGAUUCUGCCUCAGGACAACUUCAAUGGUUCAGUUAAGGUAGUCUAUAAAGUUGGCUUCUUUUUUGCUGAAGAAGAGAGCAAGCAAAAGAGCAAGGGUGUCUGUUUGCUUGCUAUGACAGAUGGUCAUAAAAUGCUAAAAGAAAAUAUAUUUUAAAAAAUGGUGCUACUUUAUGAGGA